AUGGCCGCGCUCCGGCCGUCCCCCAUCCGCGCGCUGGCCUCACCUUCUCCGACUGCGGCCACCACCCUCGCGCCGCUCCCCGCCUCGCUCGCCUGGCACGCAUGCACCGCCGCGCUGCCCGCUGCACCCCCCUUGCCGCGCGCUCCUGCUCCCCGCCGCUGGCAGCCAUGCUCGCCGUUGGCCUCUGCCUCCGCAGCUCACCCCGCACGGCCUCGCUCGCCUGACGCCGGCUCGCCUGCCGAUGCCUGCCGCUCCAGGCUCCACCGCUGCCGCCCCGCCUCUACUCCCUGCGCCGCCGCCAGCCUCGACGUGGCCGAGGCCGCCCCUCCAGCCGCUGCCAUGGCCCGUGGCCGGUGCCCCUGGUGA